UUGAAAGCGGAGCUGGCCAAGGCCGGAAAACCUUCUAGUUUCGCCACGCUCAACAAGAAUGGCCGUCUUCCUCAGAAACUUCUGGAGGCAGGUUAUGGCAAGUACAGUGCAUACGACCUUGCUUGGCAGUCGUAUCACGUGACAGCUGCUGCUGCCUGCAGAGGAAGCACUCCCACAGGAGGAAGUGGACCCGUGGCGGAUGCAGUUAUGGUCAGAAACACACGUGACAAGUUGUCUUGCAAUCAGAUCUGUGGCCGGUCUUCUUAUGGCCACUGUGACGCAGAAGUUUCUAUCGCCAGGAAAAGCGGCAAGGCUACACGGAAUGGCGAGCUCGUGGGCCAUUUUUACAAC